CUUCGUACCACAUCCUCGCUCCCAUCUGGCCACCAUGGCUUCUGUACACCAACCCACCACCCCACUCCAAAGUCCUAGACUCCUCCCCAGAGGAGCCGGCACCCACUAACACAGAGCAUUGACCAGAGCCCGCACCGACCCCUGUCAUCGAGGACCAGGCCACUCCAUCAGGAAUGGUCCAACCGGGCCAGACGAUCAUUAUUACUGCCCUAGACACAGUGGCGAGCAAGCACAACAAAGACCGUGUAGGCAUAGGCGGGUGCAAACGUAUCCUCUCUAUACUCACCACCCUGGCCGAGGAACUGGCAGACCCGCCGGCAGACACAGUAGGGCAAGAGCCACAAAGGGCACGACUUAUACACUCGAUACUCGCACCACCAGCCGACACGACAGGACCCGGGGACUGUACAGCAUGCCAACAGGGGAUUCAAACGGCUGCAGACCUAGGUCCAGGCUGGAUCAGUCCACCUGCCAGCGCUUUGGACACACCGCCGAAAACUGUAGAGCCAGCGGUGCACUUUGCCGUACGUGCAGUCUAUCACAUCACGCAAAGGGUCACCCUCCCUGCCAAGAGUGCGCCAAGGACACGACGCCACGAGAAGAAGGAGAACAGCGAGCUGCAUGCACGCACUUCAUAAGGUGUGCCAACUGCGGAGGCUCACACCCAGCCAACCACAAGGACUGCGACGCCCCUACGAGGUACCUUAUACAGCCGCUCCCAGGCACAAGAGUCACAGCUUGCUUUACAUCUUCACGGCAAACUCAAGGGCAUAAGGGAGGGUGCUGAUUGGUUUCGGACUUAGCGGUGGGAUCGUGGCAAACUUGCCGUGAGA